CCUACAUAUUGGUACAGUCCCAUUUGCUUGAAUUGUCUCUACAGUUGACUUUCAAUUUCACUUUUUAAUUUAUAAACUCUUUCUUACAACCGUCUUCAAAUCGAAAGAAGGAUAAAAUCGAGGCGCAGGCGGGAGUCAUUCGGGCUUUAAACGUUUAAUUUGCCAGCUGUCAACUGUCAACUCAGACCAGACCAUGGUGUUUCAGAUGUCAAGACUUGCAGCUCGAGUUCCACUCUCUAAGAGUGUUGGGUUCAUACCCGGCACUGAAAACAGAUGGCCGAGUCAUCUCAAUUUAUUCAGCAGACUUGCACAUCGCUUCUUUCAUGCACUAGGCAGCGAAGGCAGAGGGUCUGCAAGUAUCAAAGUGCUGCCCUCCCAGGGGGUCUUACGUAAUGCAGGCAGGUGGGAGAAGGUUUCCACAGCCUCAAAGUCUAUCCACUGGCAAAGUGGAGGGGCCGUUAAGCCACUUCGCUCCCGCAUGGUUGUCCUAGGCGCCGUGGGGGUCUCGGCUGCGUUGCUGGCGUCUCUGCGCACGAGCACGCUACACGCUAUGAGCGCGCGGCCCGGCCUGAACCUGGACUCGGAGAACAGUGACUGGAAAGAGGCAAAGAAUAAGCUUUGCUCCAUGGAUAAGGAGAAGAGGAGGGAAAUGUACAGGGUUGACUUCAUUCCUCUGGAGAAGAUUCCUGUCUGGAGUCCAUCAGGUGACUCCUCUUGUAAGCCUCAGUACCAAGUCAAUGAAGAGUUGAAUAAGAAAAUAUCCCUCUUCAGUGGUGACAUCACUAAACUGGAGAUCGACUCUAUUGCCAAUGCAGCUAACAAGACACUUCUGGGUGGAGGAGGAGUGGAUGGUGCCAUUCAUCGUGGGGCUGGUCCUCUGUUGAAGAAGGAAUGUGCCACUCUGAACGGCUGCGAAACGGGGGAGGCCAAGAUCACCGGGGCCUAUGGUCUGCCUGCAAAAUAUGUUAUUCACACCGUGGGGCCGAUAGUGCACGAUUCAGUUGGGGAGAGAGAGGAACAAGCGCUGAGAAACUGUUAUUAUAACUGUCUGCACACAGCAACUAAGAACCACCUGCGGACUGUGGCUUUCCCCUGCAUCUCUACUGGAGUAUACGGAUACCCGCCUGAACAAGCAGUCGAAGUUGCCCUGAGAACAGUGAGAGAAUACCUGGAGCAAAACCACGAGAAGCUGGACCGGGUCAUCUUCUGUGUGUUUCUGAAGUCUGACAAAGAGCUCUACGAAACAAUGUUGUCUGCAUAUUUCCCACGAGGUUCACCGCCAAAGAGCAAAUUAUGAGAAGAUGUCAUAGUUGCUGUGGAAACGCCACAACACCGGCUUCAGUGUCUCGCUUUUACCUGAUGCAGCUCCUACAGCCAACAACAUCUGUCUGACACCACCUGAUUUAUUCAUAUCACUUAACCAGUGCUACUUGGAUUUCUGUGAUUGGUAUCUGCUUUAAGUUGAGGGUCAUAUUGCCAUUGGAUUUCGGUUAAUAUUAAUAACAAUGUAUGCUUAUAAGUGGUAGUUCACACAAAUUUAAAUUCUGUCGUUUGCUUACCCUCAUGUAUCCAUUUCUUCCUUGUUUUUGUUUUUUUGUCCAUACAGUAGAAGUCAGUGGGGUCCAAUGCUGUUUGAACCCCAGUGUUCUUCCAAAUAUCUUUAUUUGCGUUCAGCACAAGAACAACAAAUGUAUGUGUGUUUGGAACGACAUGAGAAUGAGCAAAUGAUUACUGAAUUAGGUGGGGGGAAAAAAGAAUUUCAGAAUGUCUCAAAUAUGGCAUAUUCUCAUUAUUAAUCCUCCCAGGAACAAUUUCCUGUAAUUUGCACUGCAUUAACGUUUAAAUUAUAGAAGAUAUCCUACGUGAAUAUUGUUCAUAGAGUUAAAUAAAAAGUGAAUUAAGGCAAUAAAAGAAACCAAAAGAGUAUGUCAAUGGUUGUAACACUUAACCUGUAAUGAAAGUGCACUAUUUGUUCUUCUUCAAUGUACUUUCUGUGUUCCUCUAUGAUAAAAGACCCUCAUUAAAGUCAACUCCUCUCUCUGAA